CACGAAGGCUUUCAUUCUCUCUCAUCGCUCUCUCUCUCUCUCUCUCUCAUCUCUCUGUGUGGCAGCAUAUCAGAAUUCGGUGGGUUUAAGCGAAGUCGGUUUGACAUAAAAGAAACUCUGGAUUCCACCCCCUCCCGUCCUAGGCGACGGUUGUUAUGCCGCUUGGCUUUCAGGUUGUGCCGGGCUUAGAUUUAAAGGGAUUUCAUAUAUAUUUCAAGACAUGGAGCAAAUGCGCUUCUGGUCAAAUUGCCACCAGUACCGGGUCUUUUCUUUCCAGGAAGUGCUUGACUGGAGAUUUCUUGUCCUUGGAGAUUUUUUUCGGGUUUCUUUUGUUAAUUGCACUUAGUGGUCAGUUCCUCUCAAAUGAUCAAUACGGGAGACGUGAUGCUUGUUACUUCUGAGUCAGGUGUUGGAUCUUUAGUGCAUAGCGCAUUGCUGAUACAACAUCCAGUUGAAAUUUCUGGGAAAACUUCAUCAGGGGGUUAAAUUCUGGCAAUCUGUGACUGAAGAGAAGAUCUCUACAUAGUUAUUAUUAGAUAAUCAGUUACGUCAAACCAAACCAGUGCAAACUGUUUAUUUCAAAGUUAUUAUUUCAUCGUUGCUCCUGGUGGGUGCUAUGAUAAGUGGCAAGAUAUCGGUUACCUGCAGAUUCCACACUGAUCUCUGCGUAAUUUAGAUGAGAUAGCUUUUAGUUAAGUUUAUUAAGCCUUGGGUGACACUAUCUUGAGCUAGAAGUCUUUCUUUUGGCGGGAUAAAUCAGUCUGGUUGGAUUUUUAACAUCGAUAUGUUAGGUGAUCCUUGUCCUUUUUUUCCAUUAAUGUCAUGCUGUGGUCCUGAUGCCCUGGAGUUAGCAAUGAAUAAGGCCGUGCAGCCUAUCCAUCAUAAUAAGUCUGGUUUUGUGCUCGUGCGUGUUGCCUCAGAAGAUUGAUGGUUUGAUUCAGCUGGACCAGCAAGGCAGUUGUUGAUAUCAUACAUUGUAUUUUAAGGAUCAUCUUCUGAAGAUAAAUUCCAUUUAUCUUGAGUCUUUAUGCUUUCACUGAAUAAAGAACGACCUGCUUUGUGUUCCACAGGAAGAAUGGAGAGGUACAAGUUAAUAAAGGAAGUUGGUGAUGGCACAUUUGGGACUGUCUGGCGAGCUAUUAAUAAGCAAACUGGUGAAGUCGUUGCAAUUAAAAAAAUGAAGAAAAGUUAUUUUUCAUGGGAGGAGUGCGUAAGUCUACGGGAAGUGAAGUCAUUGCGUAGAAUGAAUCAUCAAAAUAUUGUGAAGCUCAAGGAAGUCAUCAGAGAAAAUGACAUGUUGUACUUCGUGUUUGAAUACAUGGAGUUCAACUUGUAUCAACUUAUGAAAGAUAAGGAAAAGCUUUUCCCUGAAGCUGAAGUCAGAAAUUGGUGUUUUCAAGUUUUCCAAGGCCUUGCUUACAUGCAUCAGCGUGGAUAUUUUCAUCGCGACCUUAAGCCAGAGAACUUAUUGGUUACCAAAGAUGUCAUCAAAAUUGCUGAUUUUGGACUUGCUCGGGAAAUCAAUUCACAACCACCAUAUACAGAAUACGUGUCGACACGGUGGUAUCGAGCGCCCGAAGUGCUGCUUCAGUCAUACCUGUAUAGCUCAAAAGUUGAUAUGUGGGCAAUGGGUGCUAUAAUGGCUGAGUUGUUUUCUCUCCGCCCUUUAUUUCCAGGUAUUAGUGAAGCAGAUGAGAUAUAUAAAAUUUGCAGUGUGAUUGGAAGCCCAACCAAGGACUUAUGGGCUGACGGGCUUCGCCUUGCAAGGGAUAUCAACUACCAAUUUCCUCAGUUUGCUGGUGCUGAUCUCUCUACACGGAUUCCAUCAGCUAGUGACGGUGCAAUCAGCCUGAUAACAUCACUUUGUUCUUGGGACCCUUCCAAGAGGCCAACUGCUGCAGAGGCCCUCCAACAUCGUUUCUUCCAGAGUUGCUAUUCUGUUCCUCCAUCCCUUCGUUCCAGAUCAACUGUUGCUAGGAUGCAUCCAAUAGCUGGAGCAAGGGGAGUGGAGCAGCAAAGUGCUAGAAGACUUUCUGGGACUGUAUCUCAUUCAAAACUUGCUAGCAACUUCCCUUCCCCCAAGUUGCAUGCCUCUGUAGACACAGGGGUGCAGCGGAAACUGGAUAUGGCUAACCAGGAUGCGAAAAAGAACGAAAAAUAUUUGAAAAGCUCCCCCAAGCAGCAGCAGAAAUAUCGACCACCGGGAAAAAGCAGUCCUACUUCUGUGAACAAGGUAAGGGUUGCACGCGGAGUUUCAGAUACAUCUGAGAAGCUGGCAAAUAUGACAAUUGGUCAUAGCAGGCAGACUGUCGGGCAGCAGAUGCGGCCCCCUCCCAUGAAGGCUGGAGUCGAGUGGAUUGGUGAGUCUGGAAACUUGUAUCUCAGGCCCGUUCAAGAGAUUCAACCUGGUAGAACCUAUUCAAGGAAAGUUGCGGGAUGAUUGAAGGCGAUGAGCUUCUUUAACAGGUCUUUAUGUAUAGACCGUUUUAUGUGUGGUAUCACAACCUGCAGCUGUGCGGAUUUUUCUGUCUCGUCUUGUUUAGUACUGAAAACCUAUGUAGUUGCCCAGGUGUUUGGUUUGUUUACUGGUGAAGAAGUGUGGUAUGACAAAUGGCAUGUACUGCCCAGUUUUCUAUCAUGAAUGUAAGCCGGGCUGGAUGAGAGUUCGGCAUUUCCUGUUGCUUUCUAAACAAUGACCUGGAUUUUCAGAGUGAAUAAAUGGAAGUUAAUGCGCUGUUUGUAUGA